GUUCCCUGACGCGGAGUCUCAGUGUGUCGUGUGAAAAAGACAGCAUGAACUUUACCCCAAAACACACCCCCGUCUGCAGAAAGCAAGCAGUUGUCUCCAAACGUGCUGUUGCCACCAGUGGUCCCACCAAGAGGAGGGGAAUGGCAGACUCACUGGAGUCAACCCCCUUGCCUUCCCUCGAAGAUCGUCUGGCCAAACUCGGUCCUUCUAAGGAGCUCCUGGAAUAUUACCAGAAGAAGAUGGCUGAGUGCGAGGCAGAAAAUGAGGACUUGUUGAAGAAACUGGAACUCUACAAAGAAGCUUGUGAAGGACAGCAUAAACUUGAAUGUGAUUUGCAGCAGAGGGAGGAAGAGAUCGCGGAACUGCAGAAAGCGCUAAGUGACAUGCAGGUCUGCCUCUUCCAAGAGCGGGAACAUGUUUUGCGCCUCUACUCAGAAAACGACCGACUGAGAAUCAGGGAGCUAGAAGACAAGAACAAGAUUCAGAAUCUCUUGGCUCUUGUGGGAACAGACGCUGGAGAAGUGACCUAUUUUUGUAAGGAGCCACCUCACAAAGUAAGUAAUCUUUGGUGGAGCAUGGUGAGUGUGGCUUCACAAAUCACAGGCUAGGGCCCAUCGUCAGAAGAACGUUAGUAUUCGCUAGAGAAGGCAGAUCCUAAAAUAAGCAGAAGAAGACCAUCGCGAGAGAGAAGGGGAAGUUCUGAACGUUACCAGAGAGACGUACAGACACUCGUCCUGCAGGUGGAAGCACUGCAGGCUCAGCUGGGAGAGCAGACCAAACUUGCUCGAGAACAAAUUGAAGGGCUCAUGGAGGAUAGACGGAUUCACCUUGAGGAAAUACAAGUUCAGCACCAGAGAAAUCAGAACAAAAUCAAAGAGCUAACCAAAAAUCUUCACCACACCCAAGAUCUGCUCUAUGAAAGCACCAAAGAUUUUCUGCAACUCAGAUCUGAAAACCAAAGUAAAGAGAAGUCAUGGAUGCUUGAAAAAGAUAAUCUGAUGUCAAAGAUUAAGCAAUACCGGGUGCAGUGUAAGAAGAAAGAAGAUAAAAUUGGAAAAGUGUUGCCCGUUAUGCAUGACAGUCAUCAUGCUCAAAGUGAAUAUAUUAAGUCCCUAAAAGAUAAGUUAGUCCAAGAGAAAAAGCUGUCCGGUAUGUACCAAGAGCAGUGCAUUUCCUUAGAAGAGGAACUUGCCCGAAUUCGUGAGGAAGAGGGAAUGAGGAGAGAGAUCUUCAAGGAUCGCACUAACAAGAUGGGGAAGCGUUUACAGGUAAUGACAAGACGCUAUGAGGCACUGGAGCGUCGACGGAUCUUGGAAGUAGAAGGCUUUAAGACAGAUAUUAAGGUUCUCCGACAGAAACUGAAGGACUUGGAGCAAAUGUUGUAUAAGGCAACAAUUAAUGUCCGGGCAAACCAGGAUCUUGCCAUUCUGUGUGAGGUCCGUGACAGCAAUAGACGGGCACAUAAGAUACAAGGAGAACUGAAGAAUCUUAAGUCGAAAGUGUUUGGUCUGGAGAAUGAACUGAGACUCUGUUGAUGUCUACUUUUGGAAAUGGCCCCCAUUUAGAAGAGGUGUGCUCCUUGAAACCUGAGGACAAGGUCAUCUGCUGCCAGAAAAUGGAAACCUGAGUUGACUAGAGUGAUGGUGUUGAUUAUUAUGAAGACAGGGUGAAGAACCAGGGACCACUAGGAAAGCUUUUCUUGCAGGCUCAGCUUGCUUUAUCAUUUUUGCUGUCCUUUUAACAUUUGUGGGGAGUAGGGGCCUGGUCCUGAAUGACCUGGAGGCUUUCAUUAUUUAUCCCGUCUGUAUCAACAGGUUUUUGUUUUUUAGAAGACAGUGAAGAUAAAAACUUAGGAAGAAGGUAUUUUGCAGUGAGCUUGGCGGAGUGUCCGUGGGAAGAAUACUUUCCCUGAAGAGAGAGACGCACGCACAGAGGCUGCCGUUUUCCGGAGCUGGGGGAGAAGGCAGCGCAUCACAACCUGUCCCAUUGGAACAGGCGCUCAUUCAGCUAGUUCGCCUUCCGUUGUGAGCAGAGCCUGAAUUACGUUUCUGGGCAGUUUCAUGGUGUUUCACCAGAGGGCACUAGAGACUCACAAAACGUCCAUCUGGAAAAAUUAAGGAGACACUUUGGCAAGGGUGAAUGAAACAGAAGUGAUCCUUGUUUGGAAAGUUUGAUAUUUUUAUCAGUAACACGGCUUUUGAAAAAUGAUGUAUAGAUUUUUAAAUUAACUAUUUUCAAUAAAAUAUUUCAUUCAAAAGAU